CUCCAAUUUUGUAUAUUCUCAGGUCAAAUGAAUCAAGUUCCUAGAUACUGCCAGUGACAACCUAACAGUAACACCAAGAUGGCUUGGACAAGAGAGAAAGGAAAGACAAAGAUGAUCAAGACAAUUGAGACAGGGUCAUUGACAGCAAGGCAUAUAUGCAAGAUGUUCAGAUCUUCAAGAUCCAGGACAUUACAGACAGCACUCGUCUUCCAUGUUCUGUCAUUACUGCUCAGUACAUGUUUAGGGUAUCCACAGUUUAGUGAGCAGAACUCUGUAUUUUCAUUGCAGACGAUAGCAGUAGAUGCACAAAGAGACACUGUUUUUAUAGGCUCAGUGAACAGAGUGUACAAACUGAACAGCAACCUGAGUUUAGAACAAGAAACUGUGACUGGGCCUGUCCAAGACAGCCCAGAGUGUUGGCCAAGAUCCGUAGGCUGUCCCAGUGCAGUACCAACGGACAAUUACAACAAAGUCUUAUUAGUGGAUGAUGACCGUCUAGUAAUAUGCGGGACUGUGUAUCAAGGCGUCUGUGACGUAUUGACCGUGGACACAUUGAGUGUGUUGUCAAACUCUUCCAUGACGGAGGUAUCGGUGAACACAGACUAUGGUACUACUGUGGCAUUUAUUGGUAACGGUCCCGGUGACGUGAAGACAUUGUACGUCGGAUCCUCAUCGUCAGAGUGGGCGAGGGGCAAUGUGUGGACAAUGUCCAGUAGGCAGUUACCCUCUGACUUAUCAAGUCCAUCUCUUUUCCAAGUUUACAAUGGUGGAGGACCUCAGGAGAAUCCCUCUUUGAUCCGAAUACCAGCUGGAACCAUCAAUGACUCUCCAAUCAUUCAGAAGUUCAACAUCACCUACAUCUCUGGGUUCGAAGCAAAUGGCUUCAGUUACUUCAUUGCUCUCCAGCCAAAGAUCCCCGAAACUCCAAGCCCCUACUUCACCAAACUAGCACGAGUUUGUCAGCAAGAUGAUCACUUCUACUCCUACAUCGAACUGCCCCUGCAUUGCUAUGUUUAUGGGGAUGAUGAGAGAACCUUGUACAACUUGGCGCAGUCUGCAUACGUAGGCACCGUUGGGUCUGAUCUGGGUUCGGAUGACCUGCAACCAGGUUCUGAAGUUCUCUAUGUUGUGUUCGCUCAGUCGGACGGGACAAACAGCAAGGUUCCUUCAGAUAAGUCUGCUGUCUGUAUAUACCCUCUCUCUGCACUAGAUCUUGCAUUCUGGGAGAGGAGGCUGGGAUGUGCUCAGAAAGAAACGGACAGAACAGAUAUUGACUGGUUAGGAUCUGUGAAUUGUGGAACAUCAAAUAGUAUGAUCUCGACGAUAAACUCUACUGGACCAAGCUAUUGCCACAUGAACGAGAACAAUUCACCACUUGGUGGGAAUUCCUUCAUUGGUGCAAGGGCUGUCUACACCCACUCAUCUGUCUUGACAUCCAUUGCAGCAACGGUCCAUCGGGAUCAGACCGUCAUCUUUCUUGGUGACCAGGAAGGGCAACUGAAGAAGCUUUGGUUGGUUGAUUCAUCUACUGCCAGUCUCUAUGAGGAAUUGACUAUUGAUCCUGAUGGUGGUAUGGUACAGAACGGAAUGGUCCUGACACCAGAUGAAAACCAUGUUUACGUCAUGACAGAAACAAAGGUAUGAAAACAAAGAUUCAAUGGCCUGUUCUCUGAAGUCAGGUUUAACUUAGACCAUGGUCUAACUCUGUGCUGAAAUUAUAG